AUGUCAAUAUUAGGGUCAAAUGUGCGAGACCAGUGCGAGACGAUCGAAAACGGACACCGCGAUCAGAAUGACAGUUAUGACAUGGCACAUGUUGGAGUACCUGAGGCUGCCACUUUACCACCGCACGAUAGCGAGAAGGCCGGCGAGAGCAGCAACGAGGAUGAACGGAGUAACAUCCUCGAUGUUGCAGGACAGGCUAGUCCAGACAGGAAGCUCAACAAAUGGCAGGCGUCGCUGAUCUACAUCACGAAUCAGGUAGGCAUAGGCAUAUUGGGCCUGCCUGCAGCAUUGCAAACUCUCGGGUUGAUCCCAGGAAUUAUCUGCGUUAUCGGGCUAGGCAUCACGGUCAUGUAUACAGCAUACGUUCUACUCCAGUUCUUCAGGAGAUAUCCUUCGGUCUUGAGUUGCGUCGACUGUUUCAGAAUUAUCGGCGGUACCCCUCUAUCUACUAUCGUCGGCAUUGGCUUCGUGCUCAACCAGCUCUUUGCUUGCUCAUCUGCCGUCAUCACAAUGAGCAUCGCGCUUAACAGCAUCUCGGAGCAUGCCAUGUGCACCAUCCUGUUCAUUCUGGUUCCUACUAUCGUUUCUUGCGUUCUGUGUAUGCCCAGGCGCAUGAAGUUCUUGGCAGACUUUGGCAUUCCUUGCACUAUCUCGAUCCUUACUAUCAUCGUCAUGGUUGCACUUGGUAUCGCUGGACCUAAUGGUGCGCCACCAGGAUGGGAAAAAGAGAUCGUGCUAGUUGGUCAUCCUACCUUCGCGCAAGGUUUUACCUCCGUUCUCAACAUCGCUUUCGCGUAUGCCGGCAACCAGGCAUUCGUUACAGUGAUGGCAGAGAUGCAAGAGCCGUCAAAAGACUUCAUGCCUUCGGUGUUCAUUCUGCAGGGCUUCGCAAUUCCCAUGUACACGAUCGUUGGAACAGUCGUUUAUGCGUUGGCUGGAGAAUACACAACCAGUCCAGCGCUCGGCGCAGCACCUAUGAUGAUAGCUAAGAUCGCGUAUGGUCUUCUCCUACCUACGCUACUUGGAACAUCGCUGGUGUUUGGCCAUACAUCGAUCAAAUACAUGUUCAUCGAGUGGCUACGCUUGAUGGACAGAGAGCGCGAGUACAGCCAAAACACCAAGCAGACCUGGGUAAUGUGGCUCGGUAUUGGCGCCACCUUCUGGACUCUUGUAUUCUUUCUCGCAAACGCGAUACCACUCUUCCAUUCGAUCCUUUCUGUGUCCGCCGCGCUAUUUGUCUCUUGGUUUACCUUUGGGAUUUCCGGAGUUAUGUGGCUGUAUCUCAACUGGGGCAUUCAGUUCUGCGAUUGGAAGAAGACGUGUUUGGCCAGUCUGAACUGGACGAUCAUCGCCUUGACUUUGUUCGCGAACGGUGUCGGUCUGUGGGCUUCAAUUGAGCAGCUUGUAGCUGCGUACCAUGAUCCUCUCGUUCCUGUCGAAGGCUCGUUCACAUGCGCUGAUAAUAGAGUUUGGGGAUAG